AUUAUGUUCAACUGCAUGGGGCACUGUGAGCUUGACCUGCAUUUUAUGUUUGAGCUUUGGCAUUCUAUAAUUUCGCCUUACCGAGCCUGAAGGGAACGGUCACACAAGACACAGAGCUAAAAUGAAUCUAGGUGGAAUGUGGGACCAGCUGGUCGACUGCAUUUGCAGGCCUCCGAGGGAUGAAUACAGUAUUGAACAGCUCGCCGGGGGCACCAAGGGACGCUUUUCAAUCUCAGGACACCAAUGCCAACGAGACGACUUUACUCUGGUGAGCAAGGCUGGCUUCAAGCUGGAGUGCAGCCAUUACAAGCCAGAGGAGACUGCAGUGGCUGGCGAGAACAGCCUUCCCAUUGUCAUCUACUGCCACUGCAACAGCGGAAGCCGCAGGGAUGCAGAGGAAGCGCUGCACGUUCUCAUGCCCCAUGGCAUCCACGUUGUCACCCUGGACUUUGCGGGGUCUGGGAGGUCUGAGGGGCACUGGGUGAGCUUGGGGGCUCAUGAGGUGGAGGAUCUGGGGGUCCUGGUGGCACAUGUGCGCGAGAAGUUCCCAGGCGCCAUGAUUGGCCUGUGGGGUCGAUCCAUGGGCGCAGUCACCGCCCUGCUCUACAGCCAGCGGGACCCCUCCAUUGCUGGCGUGAUUGUGGACAGCCCAUUCUCGAGGCUGAAGGAUCUGAUGGUGGAGCUGACAGAGGAGCAGAAGCUGCCCAUCCCGCGCGCCUUCAUGCGCAUGGCGCUGUCCAUGAUGAAGCGCUCUGUGAAGAAGCGCGCCAACUUCAACAUCGACGACGUGUCCCCCAUCGACGUCGUUGGCCAAGCCUUCAUUCCAGCCCUCUUUGGCCACUCCGAGCAGGACUCCUUCAUCUCAAAGGCGCACUCACAGAAGCUGCAUGCAGCGUACGCUGGCGACAAGAACCUGAUCAUGUUUGAGGGGGACCACAACAGUCACCGGCCGCAGUUCUUCUAUGCGUCGGCCCUCAUCUUCCUCAACACCGUGCUGCAGAUUGACAAGCACCUGCCCAUGGCCGAAGCCACGGCCACAGCAGCAAACGACGGCGGGCUGCAAAGCGCGUCAGACUCAAACGCAGCACGGGAGGUGGAGGACAUGCUGGUGGGCCGGACGCUGAGCGUGCCCUGGAUCCGCGGCAGCACAUGGGCGGGCACGCAGGAAGAGCUGGAGGAAGCCUGGGCCGCAGAGGUCUCCCGCGGAUUGAUGGAGGGGGAGGUGCGGCUGGCGGAGGCCAGCCCAGCGGUGAGCCGCGUGUCGGCGGACGGUCGCGGGCGCUCCUUCAGCGAGCCCCCCGACGCUGGCGCGCCCUCCGUCAGGGGCGGCCGCAGCGAGGCCAGUGCUCAUGGCCCCACCCGCACCGCCAGCGCUGCCAGCGAGCUGCCCCUCUCCUCAGACAGCGAGGCAGGGCCCCCUGCCCUGCCCUUGCGUGGCAUCUUUUGCCUUAUAUUGGGAUCAGUGAAGACGCUGGAGCAGCAGCAUGCGGACGAGGCUGCCGCGCGCAAGGAGGAGGAGCACGCCUCGGAGCGGCUCAGGUGGCAGCUCAUGCAGGAGGAUGAGGCAGAGCUGCUGUCCCAGGCGCUGCGGCUGUCACUGGCAGAUCAGGGGAAGCCUCCCAGCGGCUCCGCCGCGUCCUCCUCAGCCACAGCCGCCAGGCCAGCUUCCAGACACGUCCCUCGCAGCGAGUACAUGCCAGCGUCUGUGGCCGCCAUGACCGACGAGGAUGCAGAGGAGGCGAUGCUUGUGGAAGCCAUACAGGCCUCCCUGAGAGAAGCUGACAACAACGCUGCGCUCAGUGGCGGGAUCAUAGACCAGCAGCCGACCGCCCAUUUGGCCGAAAGCUCUGCAGAUCAGGGGCUGGAGUUGCCAGGUGGUGUGAGUGAGAAGGGUGCUUCGGCUCCGCUGGACAAUGGACACACAUCAAAGCUUCCCCUCCAUGAAGAUACAAAUGAUGUGGCCGCCGUUCUCCAGCGAGGGCAAAUAUUCAGAGAGGCAAUGAAGGAACCGAGUGUCAGCCCGCACGCUGAGGCGAAUGGCAAUGUUGCCUUUGCCUUGGAUGGCCGCAAGGAGCCCAAAAGCCAUGUCUUGUCUGAUAUGUAUCAGCGGGCAGCAGAAGCCGCGGCCCGCGGGGACUACAGUGCAGCAGCCGCCGGGCGAUUUUCAGAUGAUGCCACAUGACGCAAGAGCAAAGGCUCAAGAAUCUUUUAAUGCAUUGACGGGAAGAUUUUGGCUGUCUUCGUAGUGAGCAGUCCUCACGGACUGCCUUUGUGCAGAUUUAUUUGGUGUUACAUCAUCUGCAUGUUCUGACCUGCUGUCCUCCCUGGCAAGUACAAUUGCUGCCACGCGCAUGUUUACAGAGUUGGAUCCGGGCUACUCGCCUUGUUUCAAUAUGGCAAUCAUGUUGGAGGGAGAGUGUGUGCCAGUGGCAGGCCUGGGCCCAUCAUGAUGAAGAAUGUUUUGUUUGUUUGCCGGGGGUCUUUGAUGACAUUCGGGUUCUGACAUAUUGAUUCUGAUCCUUAGUUCUGGGGUGGAUUUCAAGUUGAGCAGAUACAGCAGAGUCCAGCGCUGUCACAGCUAUGCAUGUUCGGGUUUGCUUCAAGCUGUCACUGCACCUGCGAAGCAGUGCUAAAUUUCUUAAGAUUUGUGAUCAUUCAUGAGUUGUUCUGCAGUCCCAGCAGUACUCCUGGGUACUUCAUGAACCUGAUCAAGAUCUUUGAUCACCUGUGGCCUUUAAAAUGGAUGAAGAUGGGCUAGCCAUCCUUGCAUUAGAUGAUCAUCAUGACGACCUCUCCACGUGGUGCACCUCUGGAGGGAUCCCUUGUAAUUUCGGACUUGGAUG